CCUCGCUCCCUUUGAAUCUCGCGGGCGUGCUUCGCGCAAGCGCAGUUAGGCUCAGCUGGUGCCAUUCCCGCGCUUGGCCUGUGGGAUGGCGGAGUUGGUUCCUUUUGCGGUUCCCACCGGGAGCGACAAAACCUUGUUGGUGUGGGCGCUGAGCGCGGGCCCCACGGCCGAGGCCUUGCAACAUUCUCUGUUCACAGUGUUCUCCCAAUUUGGCCUUCUGUACUCAGUGCGGGUCUUCCCAAAUGCUGCAGUGGCCUCUCCUGGGUUCUCUGCCAUCAUCAAGUUUUAUUCAGCCAGGGAGGCCCAAAGAGCUCAAAAGGCCUGCGAUGGGAAGCUGCUUUUUCAGGCCUCCCCAGUGAAGGUUCGUCUUGGUACUAGACACAAGGCAGUUCUACAUCAUACUCUUCCCCUGGCUAGCUCACGAUGCCAAGAACUGGCAAAUUACUACUUUGGUUUCCAAGGGUGGUCAAAAAGGAUCAUCAAGCUUCAAGAGCUUUCUGACCUUGAAGAAAAGGAAAAUGAUGACCUUGUGGCACCACUGGAGAAGCCAAGCCUGAAAUUCUUCUGUGCUGUGGAGGUGGUGCUGCCUCUAUAUGAGUGCAGGAGUCAUGGGACUGCCAUUGUGGAGGAGCCUAUGGAGAAGCUGGAAGAAGGACCGUUAUCAAUUCUUACGAAAAGAAGGACAGCACAGAAGCAUGCUAUUCAGAGGGCUUUGUCAGAUGCCUUCCAGAAACUGUGCAUUGUGGUUUUAGAAAGUGGUAAAAUAGCUGUGGAGUACAGACCCAGUGAAGAGAUGAUAGAUGUCGGAAGUGAAGAACAUGAUUUAAUUCAAGUCAGUUAUAAUUCUUGGAAGCCAUAUUGCCAAGGGGAGGAAGAUCUUUCUGAUUUUAGCUGGGAAGAGGAGCUGAGCCUGCCAGGACUGGACUAGCAUUGCUGAAUAUCCCCAGAGGCUCCGCCCCAUAACUUUGUUGAGAAGUUCUGCCAUGGCCAACCAAAACAAUUUCUGACAUAAAGGGACACCUUGGUCUGCAGGUCAAAUCCU